AUGGCAAGUUCUGAACCCCACUUUGCUGCAGUAACCCUCGAAGAUUUUACUGAUUCACGUGUUGGAGACAUAACACUCGGCGAGGAGCAGAGCAAAUUUCUUGAUGCAGCACGUGAUGGCGACGCACAUGGUGUUCGUUUGUACGUGCUGGAGAAACAUGUCGAUGUGAACUGCACGAAUUUGUCUGGAGAAACAGCUUUGCAGCUAGCAGUAAACAACGACCACCACAAUAUCGCCAAGUUUCUUCUUGAGAAUGGAGCUGAAGUGGGGAAUGCCUUGCUACAAGCUGUUGCGAAAGAUUCGGUCGAGUGGGUGAGAGCGUUGCUCGAUUUCGUGAAGGACUCGGAGAGUCGACCAACCAGUUCGAGCAAUGUGUCUUCCGAACAGCAGACGAGCCAGGUUCAGUAUAGUAGAUUCGUUUCCCCUUUGAUGUUGGCUGCCCACAAUGACAACCAGGAGAUUGUGAAGCUUUUCUUGUCGAAGGGUUUCACCAUUGAAGAACCAGCAUUCCAUGAUAGAUCCUGUGAAUGCGAUGAAUGCAUGCGCUUGGGAAAGCGAUUGGGGACUUCUCUUUACCGUUUGCAGAGUUAUCGAGCGCUAACUAGUCCUGUAUAUUUGUGCAUGUCGUAUUUACUCGACAAAUACAGCGAGCAGCUGGUCGAAGAACAAGACUUAACUUCGUCCAAAGAUCCGAUCGUUCGAGCUUUCCUUUUGAAUCGGAAGUUGGAGAAUCUCGUGGAUACAGAGUACGAAUUCAAAGCGGACUACAAACAGUUGUCUAACAACUGCGAAGAAUUUGCAGUGGCACUUCUCGCCAAAUGUCGCACGAUGGAAGAAAUAAGUUGU